UCGACUUUUGUUGUUGUCCUUUCCUUUGGCAUAAUCCUCUUCCACUUUGUUUAGCGUAUCUUUGACCCGAAUUUUCUUGACGUAUCAAAUCGUUUCGCCGUCGCGACAUGACCCACGGCGCGGUCCAGGGACUGUUCAGUAUUUUCGCCGUCGUGUCAAUUUUACUUGUCUCUGUCUUCACAGUAUUUGUUUUUCUUCGCGAAGGAUUGAACGAUCCUUACCUUCAACUGUUGCCCUUCUACACAUUCUUCCUUACUUCCAUUUUGUUCUUUGGACUGCAAUGUAUCAAUACUGUUUACGCGUUCUUCCUCCGCGUCCCGGUGUUCAACUUACUAAUAUUGGCUGCCAUUGUGAUAUGUAUUCUACUCCCAUAUGCUCUGUUCGCGUCAGAGAGUCCGAGAAGUGCGCGUCAAUGCGCCAACCGGGUCGCGACUUUAGUACUCACUACAUUUAUAUCCAUCAUCGUGCUGCCUUUACUUCAGUGGUCCGCAAUCAAUGUACUAAACUCAUCUUUGACCCUGCUCAAGAAGCGCCCGGAUCACGAGAUCGUUCUCAAGCCUGUAGCCCGUCCUGAGGAGCCACCCCCUUCCUUACCGAGGCCCGUGAAGAAGAUUAAAUCUUUGGUAACUCCUGCAACGAAAGACGCAAACGGCGCUCCAAGCUUGGAACAGUGGUAUGCUCGUUCACCUCCGCCGUUUAUUCCAGAGGUUGUUCCAACUUUCGAUGAGAACACUGGAUUCAAAUUUGAGUUCCAACCUAGACAACGACAAUGGUUCGACGAAGAAAUCGGUCCUCUCGAGGUCCCGCCGCCUUUCUCGGAUUCGCCGUUGACUGGAAACGAUCUUGCAUAUCUCCCUCGUUAUGACGGCGCCGCUGAGGGACUUAGUGUUUGAACCUCGUUCUCGCUUGUUUUUAGCCUCCGUUCCUUUGGACUUCUUGUGAAGCCUUUGUGCUUUAGGACAUAUCCAUCCGUGUACUCUUGAACUGUGUCUUAUUGCUACUUAUUCGAAUCCUCA